AGAGCUUCGGUUUCCUCGGGAAAAAAAAAAGAGUUCAGCAUUCACAUUCGCCGUCGUGAAGAGUCGAUUUUCCUGAGCCGCUGUCCUCCGAGAAGCGAGGCGCCGCCGGCUGCAUCUCCGUCGCCCGUCGCCGCCUAAACCAAGAUCCACCAGAUCUUACCUGUCCCCUGCCUGGGCUCUCCCGCUUCCGAUCCAUGGAGAUGGAGGAGGCGGAUAAAGGGGAGGUCUUCGAGAGGAACAACAAGUCGAGGCUGGAUAGCCAUCCGGGGGCGGCGGCGGGGACGGCCUGCCGGCUCACGGACGACCUCAUCCUGGAGAUCCUCUCCCGCAUCCCGGCCAGAUCCCUCCACCGCUUCAAGUGCGUCUCCGUGCGCUGGCGCGACCUCAUCGCCGACCCCGCCAACCGCAAGAAGCUGCCCCAGACCCUCGCCGGCUUCCUCUACACGACCACCGCCGGCCGGAAUCGCCACCACUUCGCCAGCGUCUCCCGCGGCGCAGCCCCGUUCGACCCUUCCCUCCCUUACCUGCAGCCUAGCAAGUACAAGGACAUGGCUCAGGUGGACGCCUGCAAUGGCCUCCUUCUCUACCUAAGCUCCAGCAAGAACAUGGUGAACCCUUGGGCUUUGGCAGAGGACGAUUUCCGUUUUGUUGUGUGCAAUCCGGCCACUGGGAGGUGGGUGGAGCUGCCCCCUCAACCGCAGGCGCCGGCAGACAGAUUUAGAUAUAACUGUAUGGCAAGCCUAGCUUUUGAUCCGGCAGUCUCGUCCCAUUUCCACGUUUUUUGUUUUGAGGAGACCACUGUGGAAACGUACAUGACAGGAGUGAACGUCUACUCGUCGCGAACAGGAGCCUGGAGUCGCGGAGAUGGUGGGAUUGUUGAGAAAGUGGCGCUGUUCUUCUAUAGUAAGGGUGUCUUUGUCGGCGGUAUGAUGUACGUGAUUGGCAACCCGAAGGGCAUCAGCAACGAGCAUGUGCUCCUGGGGAUUGACAUGCAAGGUAAAGUGCGGAGGACUAUCCCUAUGCCGUACGGUCGAAGAUUUGGUACGAUUGGAUCGUCGCAGGGGUGCUUACUCUAUGCUGUAUCUUCCGUCGAUGAUAACAAUAAAAUCCUAUAUUCUGAGAUAGAACUCUGGUGCCUCAAGGAUUGUGACAGUAAAGAAUUGGUUCUGAAGCAUACUGCCAGCAUCGAUGAGCUUAUGAGCAUGACUGGGGAGAAGUACAGGGUGGUUGGGAUUCAUCCAGAUUGCGACACCAUUUUCCUGGUUUCACAUGGAGGUGAUACCUUGGUAGGGUACGAUAUGCAACAUCAGAAAGUUGGUUGUAUCAUUAAUCUUGAGAAGAAUACACAACGAUUUCUACCUUAUGUUCCUCUGUUCUCAGAGUCAUUAGCAGAUGGAGAUGGGUGGUAGUGUUACCUUCAAACCAGGCUUGUGCUUCCUCCAAGAAUUGGCUCUUCUGCCGGCUGAAGUACCUGUUUGUGUACCUCUGAAUCUGCUUGAAUCAUGCCGCUCAAUUUGCUGGUGCUUACACUCCUGCUUGGUUGAUUUUCGGUUCAGAGCAAUGCCUGGUAAACCUAGCACAGGUUGUUACCCCUGUUCUUGUUUACCUAGCACAGGUUGUUGUUCUGGACAUGUGUUAGUUCCAUGUCGCUAAAUUAUACUGUAAUCGCUCUUCCUUUCCAUAACAAUCAGUUAUUAUGGUUAUCCUAAGUCCUAUUGCAGAUUUUGAACCUGGUAGUGUAGUGAAAGGGUCAAUCAGACUGGUUACUAGUGCAAAUGUCUAGUUGACAUUAUUCAUUCAGUAUUUUGAUAAAACACUGCCUUUGAACAA